AUGCCGUUGAACGACGAUUACGGCGCGACAUUCCUCGUCGUUCACGGCGAAGAAUUGGGUUUAGAGAAGAAGAUGACGAUGGUCGAGAAGAAGAAAAAAGUUCUCCUCUUGCCGACGAUUCCAAACGUCCAAUCCUUGCGCUCGGGUAUGCACGACGACAUCGUGAAACGCGCGUUUUUCGGCAAAAACGCCCCGGGUGUUCUCUUCGUCAAAGGGCUGAAAGGGUUCCAAGAAGUGAGAGAGAAAAGUUUAAGACGCUUGGCCGAAUGCGCGACAUCGACAAAGAAGACGAAGAAAGAAGACGAAAAAGAAGACGUGUUCUUACGCAACUCAAAAACGUAUUCGAAAGAACAUCCCGAGAUCGAGCGAAGCACGCUCGCGGAGUUUGCGAAUAAACGGUUGUCGAUGGACGUGAACGGGGAGUGCGAGGACGAGGGCGAGGACGGGUUCGAUUUGCGAAGAGAGUUGGAAAAGUUAAGGGAUUUCGCGGACGUCGUGAGUCGAGCGACGUUGCCGAGACUCGAUGCGAUUUUAAACUCGAACGAGAAAGAGGAUAAGACUAGGAGACCGUCGAGGAUGGAGAGGAACUUUUUUAACGACGCGUUGCGUUCGGAGGCUUCGUUGGAUCAUUUUCACGUGUACGCGAGUAGCGAGGAUUCGUCAUCGUCGAGUUCCUCCGAAAAGAAUGUAAGAGUAAAUAAAAGCGAGAAAGCGCAAGGGAAGCACGAACACACCGACGUUGGUGUUGCUAUCGUGAUGACUCCGGCGUGGGUGAACGGGAAAGACGACCAGGCGGGAUCGAGAGGUUUGAUCGUCGACGGCGUUUCCUUCGACAUCCCAAGCGACGGCAUGCUCGUUUUGUUAGGAGAAGCCGCUCGCGCGUGGCACCCAAAACGACACGAUCGCGUUAGCACUACGAAUAGCCUAUUAGACGAGAUCAAAAUCCCAACUCACGCUGUCGCUUUGGAAAGAGGCGAAACGAGAGCCUGGUUUGGUCGAAUGAUUCUGCCAAACUUGAGCGACGAGCAUCCGGACUUGAACGUCAAUUUGAACUUUGGCGAAUGGUUGAAUGGUGCGAGAGCGCUCGUGAAUGGAAUAAACGGAAUUGAAGAUGUAAAAGAAACGAGUGGAUCCUCUUCUGACGUAAUAGAUUACGUCUCCGCGGCAUGCGAUGGAUUACCGACGACUACUACGGACGACGAAUCGAGAUCGCGUGUUCCGCAAAGACGAAUAUUGGCCGACGACGGCUCGUGCGCGGAAGGUACCAUUUACUGCUGGCUCAGCUGCCAACCGAUUCCAACAGGGUGUGACGCUUCCACGGCUAAAUGUCAAGAGUCUGGCACGGAAAAAAUUUGGCCGGACGAUUUCGGCGCCAACGGUGCGGAGGCGCACUGCGACAGUUGUGCUCCAGCCUGUCCAGCCGUUCCAAAUGAAAGCUCUGGUGGUCAGUGCAACUCGAAUAUCCCUCCAACAACUAUGUUUAUGGAUGGGUUCUCGUCCGGAACGGACGCAAAUCAACCGUGCGUCGCGUUCUUCUUCGAGUCGUGGUCGUUGAAAACGCCCGCUUUGGUUUUCGCCGCUUGUCUAUUUACCAUCUUCCUAGGCAUGUCCAUCGAACUCUGCGCCAAGUUGCGUCGCAAAGUUCGGGGCGGGGGAGGCGCAGGUUCAGGAAAAUCAACUCGACCUAUCGACCGGACGACAACGUUGUUGACGCUUCUCUUAUACGCGUUUCAAGUGACCGCCGGUUACCUCCUCAUGCUCGUCUCCAUGACGUACCACGUCCCGUUAUUCUUCUGCGUCGUCCUCGGUCUCACGUUGGGCCACGCCAUUUUUUCCGUCUACAGCUCCGACGGUGGAGGCAAAAUCACCGCAGGCACGACGGCGUGCUGCGCAGAAGCCCGCGACGACGCCGACGACACCAACGAAUCCGACCGUAGCAAUUCCUUAGAGCGCGAAAUAUUACGCGACAGCGGAACGAGCACCUCGCCGACGGAGAGCGACGGAAGCGCUCGCGUGUAG